AGGGAAACUGUGUUACUUAUCUCCAGGACAAACAAUUGUAUAAGGAAGUCACCUGUUCAUUUACUUGUGACUUAAAGUAGCCUAAGACAGUCAGAGUGACAUGCUAUAUGUGUAAAAUCUUACAUUGAAGGUCACUAUUGGUGGUUGUGAGGAGCUGUUAUUGUCAGGAAAUCAUCAUUUCCACUUCCAUUUGCACAUACAGCAUCACAAAAACAGCGGUCAUAGACAAGGCAAGAGACCCAUUUUUCAACUCAUUGUUCAUCCCAUUAGUUGAGCCAGUGGUGGUGUAGCUAUUGGGGGCUGGGCUCAGUAAGACAGACUCAACGGGCAUUUUUCUACAAGCGUUCAGCACAAAUUCAGCAGUCGGAACUGUGUGCUAGAGCGCUCACAUCAACAACACGCGACAUCGCGUUCGUUGCAAAGAGGAAGAGACGGAGAUGUUGCGCACGAAAACUUUUCCAGCUACAAACGAUACAUUAAAAGAACAGUUCAAGAGGACAGAACACCCACGCCAAACAGUUAUUUUAUAAAGAGUUUACCAAACGGUCAACCUCAUUCUGAAUUUAUGCAGCGAGGCUUUUCAUGAGUAUUAAGAACAGCGGCCCAGUCCAAGAGCCUGCUAGGAUGAAUUACUGUGAUCUGCUGGUAGUCUGAUCCGCUUCACAACCAGGCUGCCAUGGCUACCAGAGGGCUUUAUUUCCCCUUGGAAGCUCUGUAUGCCGGACUUGAGUCUUGAGUUUCACCCGUACUCUGGCUCUCAGAGGAAGACAAAAGAGGAGACGGAGUCGCUUUAGAGAAGACUAAUGAACAUAGUGGAGAGUCCAUGAGCAGAGAGGGAGUAGAGCCCCAGCAGCGGCAGUGAGUCCAUGGGACGCACGGCCGACCUGUUCCGCCUACUUCUCUCAGGCCUCCAGAAGCUGAAUACGGGGUGCCAUUGAGAGAUCGUGUGGGUGUCUCACUGAGCAGCAGCCAUCAUGGCCCUGGUUCAGGCUCUGUCCAUCUCUGCUGAGUGCCACCACACCCCCCGGCCUCAGCGGAAACCCCCGCCCCUCUGCCCCCCACACACCCCCCCAACCUCCCCUCCACCUCCAACUCCCAGGAGGCUAUGGGCUCCGUCAGCAGCCUUAUCGCCCAGCACCCCGGCCCGGCCCACCUGGUGCGUCACUACCGGCCCGUUGAUGUUGUCCCCGAGCCGGGCUCCACCAGGCUCCACAGAACCACGUUGGGCGCCACUUCCUGCCUGGCCUCCUUUGACACAUCUCAGGAUCCGCUGCUCAGUAGCCUCACUCCGCCUGGCAACAGGAAGCCUUUGAUGGUGAUUGGCUCCAGUAAGGACAGCGGGACCAAUGGGAAUUACUCGUAUCUGAACCAGGACUAUGUGGGAGACUGGAAUGACAACACUGUGGUUCAUGGAAGCCCUGGGACCGGGAUUGACACAGGGGAGGCCAAGGAUCGGCAGCUUGGGAGCCUCAAUGGGAACGUGGAAGAACCCCCUCCCAAACUGGUCCCCGUGUCAGGGAAGCUGGAGAAGAACAUGGAGAAAACAGUGAUCCGGCCCACUGCCUUCAAACCCGUCGUCCCCAAGAGUCACAACUCCAUGCAGUUCCUUUCCCCUCGCCACGACAGGGCCAGUCUAUCAGACUGCCAGAACAACCUCAACCUGUUGUCACCUGGUAGCCAUAUGGACACCUUGCCGCCCUGCUCGGAGAAUCGCAACUCUUACAGCGGCGGGCGCCACACGGGCGGGGGCAGCCAGACCUGCUCCAUGUCUGACUCGGGACGGAAUUCCCUGACGAGCCUGCCCCCCUAUGGCAGCAUCCCCUGCAGCCUGGCGCCCGCAGACUACCCGCCUGGCAGUGCCCACCUGGAGCCCACGAAGAACGCACACGGGCACUCCAACUCGGACAGUGGGUGCUCCUCGUCCAGUAAGAGCACAGGGUCGGUGAGCGGACGUGGCCAGCCCCUGUCGGACAGCGGGUCGAGCGAGCGCUCGCCAGCCCCUGUGGAGGGGGGGUACGAGGGAGUAGUGAGGGACCUGGAGGAUAAGCUGAGGGAGAGAAACGUGGAGCUGCAGCAGCUCAGAGACAACCUGGACGAGAACGAAGUGGCUAUAUGCCAGGUUUAUGAGGAGAAGCAGAAGCGCUGUGAGCUGGAGCUGGAGGAGUUGCGUCAGAGCUGCGCCACGCGGAUGCAGACCCAGUCCCAGAAGGCCCAGCGUGCCCAGCAGGUGCUCCAGCUGCAGGUCUUCCAGCUGCAACAGGAGAAGAAGCUGCUCCAGGAGGACUUCGGCCAGCUGCUGCAGGAGAGGGAGAAGCUGGAGGAGCGCUGUACCUCCUACGAGAAGAUUCAGUUAGGGUCCAGGCUGGAUGAGACCAAGUGGGAGGUGUGUCAGAAGUCUGGGGAGAUCUCCCUGCUGAAGCAGCAGAUGAAAGAUGUCCAGGGGGAGCUGGCUCAGCGCAUGGGGGAGAUCGUCUCUCUGCGUGGACAGCUUCGGGACUCCCUUGGUGAGCUCACCACCAGCCAGGGCCUGCUGCAAGAGGCCAACACUGCCGGCCACACACGCACCAUGGAACUGGAGGUGUGCCAGAACGAGCUGCAGCGCCGCAAGAGUGAGGCCCAGCUCCUCCGCCAGAAGGUGGGCCGACUGGAGGAGGAGACCGCCCGCCUCCGUGCUUCCGCCACCAAUCAGACAAGCCUCCAGAGCCCCGCCCACAAUGGUGGUGGAGGCAGGCAGUGCCAGGCCUUCCCAGAGGGGGAGGAGCCACACUUGUUGACCUAUGAGAGCGACGAGGCCAGGGCCUAUGAGAGCGAGGCCCUCCAGAGCCUCCGGCUGCAGAUGGACGGUCUGAGGGCGGAGUUAGUCACAGAACGCCAGCGGGGGGAGGAGCAGGCAUGUAGCUUUGAGGAGGAGCACAGGGUCUGGCAGGAGGAAAAGGACAAGGUGAUCCAGUAUCAGAAGCAGCUGCAGCAGAACUACGUGGGGAUGUACCGGAGGAACCGGGCGCUGGAGCGAAUGCUGCGCAAGCUCAGUCUAGAACUGGAGACCCGGGACGAGCUGGAGGAGCAGGAUGAAGGCAGUGGCAACGAGAUCAACUUUGACGAGAUCACCGCUACUGAGAUCUGACACCACCACUUUUUCUCUCUGUCUCCUCCUCCAUCUCCCUAUCAGCCAUAUACAACUGAUCCCCUAGGAGCGUCUAUAGGAAUCCAGAUAGCCUCUAUAAUGACUUAGUAGGUCAGGAUCCUUCCUUAUGGUUUCUUCAGGGUCUCUACAGUAUGUAGUAGUCUGUCUAUAGUUGGUCUACGCUCCGUAUGUUCCUGCUUUUCCACGCCGUCUCACUGUCUCAUUAGUAUGGUUGACUCCCGCUGGCUAAUGUCGAUACACACACACAUACACGAAAGAAUGCACACACACACUUCUGUCUCUCACAGACAUGGUGAGUUGAUGUGGUUGAAUGAGAGUUCACUAACCGGGAGUUUGAUUUUGAAGUCUGUUGAGUCUCGUACAGCUUGGAGGGAAUACAUCCAGUUUAUUUUUUAUUUUUUAGCUAUUCCUAGAAUUACUCGCUGAACAUCAUGUAAACACACAGGGGGGCUCGGCGCUCUUCCUAGGAAUUUGUACUUCCUCGUCAUUCACCGUGGGUGGUCUUGUGUUCUUGGUAGGCAGAGCUUGAUAACACUAGUGUUCUUCAGCAUGUUCUCAGAUACUACAGGUUCAAUGCAGGUACUUCAGGUUCAAUGGCAAAAAAAGGGAAACGCUUCAAUGUUACCAAAAGCCUCCUCAUUCCAUGUGACACAUAUAUCUAAAUAUGGACCUUAGUGGUCUUUAAUUUCUAUACAGUAUCUCCAGGUAGAAAAUGAGACACCAUGGAAAUUCAAGGUAAAAGUCGCUAAAGCACACUCUGAUAUGCUUUCUAUUAUUGUGAAGAGAAUCGACUUUACCUUUGAUCUCCCUUCACCGACGUACAAAAGCACGGAUGGAUGAAUCUCUAUGGAUCUUUGUGUUUCUCUGGCAAUAUUUGUACGCUGCACUGGCUGUUUGUGAAGGUGCUUUUUGUACAGGCUGUGAGAGAAGACAUGCACUAAGUGAGCGACGUUUCGGGCUCUAUUCAAUCCACAUUGUGGAAGUUCCACGUUAGAGGAAUUUAAAUUUAAAGGCAAUGUUCCCGCGUCAGCAUUCACAGUAACCACUGUAUAUGUCGGAUCAAUCUCUACCGCUUCAGUGACACAGAUUUAAUAGAGCCCGUCGUCUUUUAAAACGUUAAAUUAGACUGACCAUGAUAGGACUUACCUUUUCAUCAACUUCUGUAUCGGAAAAAAACACACCCAUUCACAAGAGGAUGACACUUAAAUGUCCCUUAUCGCUGUUAACCCUUCACUGUAGAUAUCCUUAAUACUGACAUCGUAUAUGGUGAAAUAUAAUAGAUUUCUUAGAGAUAUAAUCUAUUUCAAAAUAAACAUAGCCACUGUGAAUAGACCAAAGCAAUGUCACAUGUCCUGUUGGUUCCUUACAGUACCAUGUCUGCAUAUUGGUGUAUGUGUGAAGGCUACUCAUGGUUCUACAGUACAAUUUUUUUUUACAUUAAAUGUAUAUUUCCAUGCUGUAAAUGUCUUGUAUCAACUGACUGUCUUUAAUAAAACGAACGAUAAAACGAA